AUGAACCAUAUGUACGCUGUUGGGAAAAAUUUACCAUGGAGUCCAUACCAAAAUAGAGUAUUGUCUAGAUUAGAUAAUUCUCAUGUAAAGGUUUUCGAAGAUCAAUAUGAUGCAUUUAGGCAUUUAAUAACCACUAACAAUAUAUUAUGGAUGGAGUUUUAUAAAGGUUUCGAAAACCAUACAACAAAUGACUUAUAUGUAUCUGGUGUAUGCAUCUUUCCAAGUGUUAAGGAUUUUAAUAAAAUAACAUCGGAUUAUAGCCAUAAAGGUUAUGUAAUAGCACAGAAACGUAUAACGUUCACGUCAUCUGGAGCACCAUUUAUGUUAGCUUUCCAUUAUCCUUCGUCUAGUUUUUCAUAUUUUGAUGAAGCAUAUAUUCUUCAGGGAGAAGGAAAAUUCGAAAUUGGAAACGUAAAGGGUAAGGACUAUUACAUGAUUUAUAUUCCAAACCCUUCAUUUUACCCAUAUAAGGUAGAAUAUUCUGGUUAUUCAGCGAAAUUUAUCAAGAUGCAUUAUGAAACUUCUGAAGAGACUGAAAUUAAACCAGGUGAACCAUGUGCUAUUUAUUUCAGUAGGACAAAGAGGAAAGAUACAGAUAAAAUAGUAAUCGCUUUCGAUGAAAGAAUCAAAGGAAGUUUCAUACGUCCUGUCAUUCAAAUGGACAAAAAUGAUUUCAAUGAUAUGGAAAAAGAUCCACGAAUAAUUAAGAGGAAUAAAAUCAUUAUUGCAGUUGUAGUUGUCAUUGUCAUAGUUGCAAUUGUUGUUGGUUGUGUCAUUGGAUUCAUUCUUUGGAAGAAGAAGAAAUCUCAAUCAGAAUCAACUAACGUUUAA